CCUUCCCCCUGCAGGGGCGACAGGGGCGCAGCUCCCGACGGCAGGAGCAGGUCCCACCCCACGCCCUCGCCCCUGCUCCCCAGGACGGCGCUGGCCGCAUCGGCCACACCGGGCUGCCCAUUACCGGUCCGCCGCCUCCCCUGGCCCUGCUGCAGGGCCUCCGCCUGUGGGACUCGGGUGUGCCUGCUGUCCCUCGCCCGCUGGCGCAGGCAGGGCCUUUGCCCCGCCGACGGGCCUGAUAACGGGGUCUUUGCCUUCCUCGCCCAGCCGCGACCUCCAUUCCCUCCGCCCGAACAAACCGAGCUGAGUCCCCCAGCCCCUCCUCGACAGUUCCGUGACGCAGCCGGUUUUAUUUCUGUUUCGAGACUAACAGCUAAAACUCGCGUUGGGCCUUCCUUCUAGGACUGGACUUGGUCUUUGAUCGCUGAGCGGGAGAGCGGCGGCGCUCGUCCUGGCAGCGGUCACGUCCGAAGCCAGCCGAGCCUCCGUUUGCUUUCACAGGAUCCCGGUGUCGUCUCUAGCUGCUUCUCGUCCUCCCACUUUGGUUUGGCUUGGGUACCUGGGGCCCCGGUAAACCCAGACGCUGAAUUGCUCUUACACAGCCAGAGUUACUGUCAUUCGCUUCCUGUCUCCUCUCAGAAGAAGGUGGACGGCACCAGCCUCUGAGCAGCUGGGAUUCAGAGAAGAAUUGCCCCGCAGCAUGGUUCCAUCAGCCGUUGUGCUCCUCUGAGAGGCUCUCAGUGCUGAGUCACGUCUCUGUCCACCUCCUGUGGGUGGGCAGAACUGCGCACCAUGGCAGAGGCUCUUGACCACUCUCGCCUGGGAGGAGGGGUUACUCUAGUAGCUGUGUGUUUCCUUAACACUCAGGAGUAGAGUAGAAAAGAGGCCCUUAACCCUUCCCCCGUGCUGGCCUUCAGUAGCUAGUCUUCAAUAGCUAGUCGGCAGCCCCUUCAGUGAAUUGAGUGAGAAACGUGCCCUCAGCCAGGUGCUCUUUGAAAAAGAGCUGACGAAGGCUCUUGUUGAGGCUGUUACUUUGAUGGAGUAUGUGCUUUUCCCCAACCCUUUCUGUAUCAGCUGCUGCUGUAUCGACUUAGAUCCGGUCUACAGAUGUGUGUAGUCCUUCAUUUUGGGUUAGAUUUGGCAGGAUUAAGUUUUGUUCCCUCCUCUUUCUGGAAGACAGACCAUAAUCCCGUUAAUGGGUGAAAUUGACUCUAAUAUGUUUUGCCAUUUAGACUGAGGGUUAAAUCUGGCACCUCGAGGACUGAAGCCCAGCCAUACGCUUCCUGGGGAUGCUGGGCCUGGAAGCAAGCACAGCUUGCUCUGUCGUUGCCUUCACUGACCCUAGGUUUCCUGGUUAAAAACUGCAGGCCUACUAUUGGCCUAAUACCCAUCCAACCUAUUGAUUGAUCCUUGAAGCCGUGCCCUCUGGGGCAUACGUAUGGCAGGGCCUACCACCAUGCGACUGAGCUCCCUGUUGGCUGUGCUUCAACCAGCACUGCCCCUCAUCCUAGGGCUGUCUCUGGGAUGCAGCCUGAGCCUCUUGCGGGUUUCCUGGAUCCAGGGUGAGGGAGAAGAUCCUUGUGUAGAAGCUGUGGGGGAACCAGGAGUGCCACAUAAUCCAGACUCAAGAACUGGACUCGACCAAAGUGAUGAAGACUUCAAACCCCGGAUUGUCCCUUACUACAGGGAUCCCAACAAGCCCUAUAAGAAGGUGCUCAGGACUCGGUAUAUCCAAACAGAGCUGGGCUCUCGGGAGCGGUUGCUGGUGGCUGUCCUGACCUCCAGGGCUACCCUGUCCACUCUGGCUGUGGCUGUCAACCGCACAGUGGCCCACCACUUCCCCCGAUUACUGUACUUCACGGGGCAGCGAGGGGCGCGGACUCCUGCAGGAAUGCAGGUGGUGUCUCACGGGGACGAACGGCCAGCCUGGCUCAUGUCAGAGACCCUGCGCCAUCUCCACACACACUUUGGGGCCGACUACGACUGGUUCUUCAUCAUGCAGGAUGACACGUAUGUACAGGCCCCCCGCCUGGCAGCCCUUGCUGGCCACCUCAGCAUCAACCAAGACCUGUACUUGGGCCGAGCCGAGGAGUUUAUUGGCGCGGGCGAGCAGGCCCAGUACUGCCACGGGGGCUUUGGCUACCUGUUGUCACGGAGUCUCCUGCUUCGAUUGCGGCCCCAUCUGGACGGCUGCCGAGGAGACAUUCUCAGUGCCCGUCCCGAUGAGUGGCUUGGCCGCUGCCUCAUCGACUCUCUGGGCAUCGGCUGUGUCUCCCAGCACCAGGGGCAGCAGUAUCGUUCAUUUGAACUGGCCAAAAAUAGGGACCCUGAGAAGGAGGGGAGCUCGGCUUUCCUGAGUGCCUUCGCAGUGCACCCCGUCUCCGAGGGAGCCCUCAUGUACAGGCUGCAUAAGCGCUUCAGUGCUCUGGAGCUAGAGCGGGCGUACGGCGAGAUAGAGCAACUGCAGGCUCAGAUCCAGAACCUGACCGUGCUGACCCCCGAGGGCGAGGCCGGGCUGAGCUGGCCCAUCGGGCUCCCGGCCCCUUUCACACCACACUCUCGAUUUGAGGUGCUGGGCUGGGACUACUUCACAGAGCAGCAUACCUUCUCCUGUGCAGACGGGUCCCCCAAGUGCCCACUGCAGGGGGCCAGCAGGGCCGAUGUGGGUGACGCCGUGGAGACUGCUUUGGAGCAGCUAAAUCGGCGCUACGAGCCCCGCCUGCGCUUUCAGAAGCAGCGGCUGCUCAACGGCUAUCGGCGCUUCGACCCGGCGCGGGGCAUGGAGUACACCCUGGACCUCCUGCUGGAAGCCGUGACGCAGCGCGGGCACCGGCGGGCCCUGGCCCGCAGGGUCAGCCUGCUGCGGCCACUGAGCCGGGUGGAGAUCCUGCCCAUGCCCUAUGUCACGGAGGCCACCCGCGUGCAGCUCGUGCUGCCGCUCCCGGCGGCCGAAGCCGCCGCAGCCCUGGCUUUCCUGGAGGCCUUUGCGGCCGGUGUCCUGGAGCCACGAGACCACGCGCUGCUCACCCUGCUGCUGGUCUACGGACCCCGGGAAGGUGGCCGAGGGGCCCCAGACCCAUUCGUUGGGGUGAAGGCGGCAGCGGCCGAGUUAGAGCGACGGUACCCGGGGACCAGGCUGGCCUGGCUCGCCGUGCGCGCAGAGGCCCCUUCCCAGGUGCGGCUCAUGGACGUGGUCUCUAAGAAGCACCCCGUGGACACACUCUUCUUCCUCACCACCGUGUGGACCAGGCCCGGGCCCGAAGUCCUCAACCGUUGCCGAAUGAACGCCAUCUCUGGCUGGCAGGCCUUCUUCCCGGUGCAUUUCCAGGAGUUCAACCCUGCCCUGGCACCACAGAGAUCUCCGCCAGGGCCCCCGGGAGCCGGCCCUGACCCCCCGUCCCCUCCCGGUGCCGACCCUGCCCGGGGGGCUCCCGUAGGAGGCAGGUUUGACCGGCAGGCGUCCGCGGAGGGCUGCUUCUACAACGCCGACUACCUGGCGGCCCGAGCCCGGCUGGCCGGUGAACUGGCAGGCCAGGAAGAGGAGGAAGCCCUGGAGGGGCUGGAGGUGAUGGAUGUUUUCCUCCGGUUCUCAGGGCUCCACCUCUUCCGGGCCGUGGAGCCAGGGCUGGUGCAGAAGUUCUCCCUGCGGGACUGUAGCCCACGGCUCAGCGAGGAGCUCUACCACCGCUGCCGCCUCAGCAACCUGGAGGGGCUGGGGGGCCGGGCGCAGCUCGCCGUGGCGCUGUUUGAGCCCGAGCAGGCCAACAGCACCUAGCUCGGCCCGGGGCCCUGGCCCUCCGUGCGGCUCCCCUCUCGGCCGCGGCCCCGGCGGGGCAAGGCAAAACGGACGGACAGACGGAGAGCUUGUGCUGUAUUUUUUUAAUAAGAUAAAUGUUAUUAAAAGUGUCUUCUGCCAAACCGUUUUUAGGUCUAGGGGAAACGGAGUAAAGAGAAGACUCUGAGGGAGGGGGUGGGCAGUCUUCCCAGAGGGACCCACCGCCUUCCCCUUGUCCUUCCUCCCCAGUUGCCAAUGACACACAAGUCUGCUCUCAGAUGCAUGACCUUUAAUCAUUCCCCUGCCUCACCCAGAAGGUGGCAGAGGAGUGCGGCAGAGCCCCGGGGGGCCAGGGCCCGGGGCGCGGAGGCCCACAGUGGGCUCAUUCGCGGGGGCUCCUAGGUGUUGCGUACAACCAGCGACUGCUCCAGCUCCUGCCUGCGCUGCUGGAUCUUGAGGAAAAUAAGAGCAGUAGCAGGGUUACGCUGUUGCCGUGCUCCCUGAGUCCCCUUCACCUUGAGGUCCCGGCUCUGGGAGCGGAGCAGGUCUUGGAUGUAGCCUUUGGGGUCUCUGGAGAAGCUUAGCAUGAAGUCCCUCUGGAUCUUGAGCUGGUUUAUGGACUCAAUCGUCUCAUGGAUCUAAAAGCUCUGGGCUCUGGCCCCACCUUACUGUCCAGAGCACUGAUCUCCUGCUGGUUGGCCGUGGACAGGAGGAAGCUGCUCAUCUGUCCCUUCAGUGGCUCCUCUACCUCCACGUCAAUAUCAUAGCACGCCGUCUUCUUCUGGUCCGACGGGUCCACGCUGCCAGGGAAGUCCAGCCCUUGGUAUCCGCGCUGCUCCCACAGAGGCCAGAGGGUCCCAGGGGCAGAUGCGGUGGUGGUGGGAGGGAAUCGGGGCGGGGGGAAGAGGGAGGGCAGGACUGCAAUGAUUCCCUGGUCUGAGGAGCAAGCUGGGGCCUCACCUGAUGACGUGGUUGAUGACAAUAGGGUCAGGGGGCAAUAGCAGAGCUGUGAGGCGCUGGGGAAUCUCAGAAAACUUCAGCCGCGGGCAAUCAAAAAUCUGAAGCAGGAGAGAAAGAGACCAAUCUCACCUGCUUGAAAAGAGUGUAACUACAGCCCUAGAUCCUUCCGUCCUGGGACGGCCACAAGACGCCAAGAGCAAGUCUAACUCCUCAGUGCUGCUGGGCCGGGGACGUGGGUGUCGGUGGUGGAGUGAGGACAAGGACGUGGGCUGUGCGGUGCAGUGGUCGAAAGCACCAGCUCUGGGUCUGUGGCCGCCGAGGUGCAAAUCCUGCCUCUUCCAUUGACACCACAACCUCGGGCCAGGCCCCUGAACUCUCAGGCCUCGGUUUCUUCAAGUGCAGAGUGGGGAUGGUAACCACCAGGGUGGUUGGGAGAACUAAGUGGGUGAGCCCACACUCGCUGCAACAGUGCCUGGCACACGGCAAGUGCUCAGUAAACACCCACUGCUAUUUGA